GAGAUUUCACUGUUAUUCUUGCGUUCACAUGGCAGCAGGGAGGCGCUGUGUCGUUCGCUCGCGUGAAGUUUGAACUAAAGUACAGCAAAAAGAGAAAACUUUCCAACUAGUGUGUUCCAGUGCAUUCAUUGAAGGUGAAAAGUGGUAAAAUUUCCGUACCCCAUUAGGCAACAAAAGCCAGAUGUAGUGUGUUCACUGUGCAUUGAAGAAUCAUCCUAAGCAGUAGUGUGUGAAUGUGUGAUUGUUUCUUCUGGCUACACUCUACUACGGCUACGCAUUAGUGGCAAGGGGCAGAGAGGAAGCAAGAGAGCUUCUCUUCGCUGCUAUACUUGUGGCCGAAAAAUACCUCGAACCAGCGAGAGUAAAAAGUGUCGUUUUUUAACCCUGUGGUGAAGAGCAUAGAAGUGAAAUUGCAAAGCCAUCACCACCCGCAGGCAGGCAGCCAGCCAGCCAGCCAGGAUCUUCGAAGCGAGUUCGAGCGAGAAGUAAAGAAAAGGUUUUUGAGGGAGUGCAAAGUGAGUAUAGUAGAGAGCGGUGGUGUGUAUCCAACAAGGGAAAGGGAAAAGGUAGUGCUGGUGCUGGUGCGUAUGCAAUGCUCGAAAUGCACCGUAUGCAUUUUCUGCUCGUCCACUGCAAAAGCGUUGCAAGUAUGUUGUGAAAGAGGAGCGUAAAGCAGAAAAAGGCUAAAGAAAGGCUGGCAACCAGGAGCAGAGCGAGUGUGUGGAAAUCGUGAAGUUUUAGUGCGCAUUUCCUCCUACCAACGCGUGCUUUGCGCGUAGUAAGUUGAUCCUAUGUGCGUGCGCGCGUGUUCUACUUGUUACCAUGCGUGGUAAUGUGCUUGCUUGUGUGUACGUGUGAGUGGUCUGCGCGUCCUAAUGCAGCGAGUGAGCUGCGAAAAGAAUGGUGUGUCCCACGUGUUGUGCUUGGAUGUGUAGUGACGCCAGCGGCGACUCACUGGGGAUGAGUUUUACCAGCAGUUGCAACGCCAGCGAAUACGUCCUCUGCCUCGCAGGAGAAAGGAUGCAGUGGGGACAACGAUGAAGGCAGAAUGCGCCCCGCCGCGUACCAUGUGCGCCGGAAAGCCUUGAACAAAAGCAAAAGGAUCAUCGACAGCGUCGUCGUGUACCAUCGCCGGGCACCGUCCAGAUCGUCGGCUAAGAGACGUCGACGGCGCGAGUGCACUGUUGUAGGUGGUGUAUGCUUAUUGCAGCACGCAUACGCAACACCGUCUUUCAAAGGCCACCACUAUAUUUCUAAUUGUUGAAAAACUUCAGUCUGUUGCAGAAGAGAAGAGCACGAGUAAAGGAUUAAGCUCACAUUCCGUUCUAUUGCUAAGUGCGCGACGACGACGACACGAGCUUUGUGCGUGUGGUUUGUUUGGUGUGUAGUAGGUGUGUGUGUGUUACAUGGCUGAAGAGUGGUUUUUAUUGAAUUGAGAUAUCUAAAACCGCGCGCAACCAAGAACGCGAAAUUCCUUCUCCCAGAUACCUCCAAUCUCCGUACCCCCCAUAUGAAGCUACCGCAAGCAGCUUAUGAUCCUAAACACACAACCAAGCAAUAAUUUCACUCCUCGUGAUAUCGCCAUAGUAACAUCUCUCGAUCUAAGCUAAGAUCUUAAAAAUCCUCCCAUUCAUCUCUCCCCAUACCCCCCACACAUUUGGCGGUGGUUUGCGCUUGGAGAAGGAAACAUAAUCUUCCUUUGUGAGUGCGUUCAGAUUUGUUCAGUGUAACGCGAUAACGAUCACGGAAAGGGCACGCUCGCACAAAGAGAAAGAGGAGCCAUAAGUGUGUGUGUGCGCGCUCGUUUGUAUGUGUGUGCGUGUGUCCCUGUCUGCUCCCUUCCGCGUUGAUCUUACCCAUAGAAGCCAAGAUCCGCCUCCAUGAAGCAUCAGAGGCUAGAAAAUGGUACGCGAGACUCGACAUCUUUGGGUUGGAAAUUUGCCCGAAACGGUACGAGAGGACAAGCUAAGGGAUCAUUUUAAAAGAUCGACAGUCAAUCAUUCACGCUUAAGUGGAGGUGGAAAUAGCAGUUGGUACAGCAGCGAAACCAACAACGAUAAGAGCCCAUCUUCGAUCUCACAGGCCUCCCAUCAACAUCCCUCCAGUUCGAUAGUUCCCUCGCAGCUGCCGGACGUUGGAAUAGGAGUCAACCAAGGUCACAAUAACAGUGCCGGCAGUGUAAACAACAUCAACAACAAUAAUAACAAUAGUUACGAUGGAUACGCUGUGAAGAAGAAAUCGCAACAAUCACUCCCGAAGUCUCAUCGAUCCGAUUCUGAGUCCGACUCGCUAAACGACUUGCACGUUCAUCAUCAUCCCCACCACCAACAACACCACAACAAUUACAACAGUCACAAUCACCACCACAAUCCGCAGAGGCAUCAUCAUCACGCAUCGUCGCGGAACGCAUCCCCCGGGCUGUCCAAUUCCUCGUCCCACAGCCAUUACCAGCAGCCGCCCCCUCACCAGCAUUAUCAUCAUCAUCAUCCUCAUCAUCACCAUCCGGUGAAUAGUUUUGGUGGUGUAACGGGUGUAGCAGGAAGCGAGCGAAGUGAAAGGACGAACCAUCAGGGCCAGCAGCACCUGCAUCACCACCGAUCGGCGUCACGUUCCCGAUCGCGUUCACCAAGCAGCAGAUCGUCCUCCUGUUCCUCGUCGACGCACAGCAGUGGCGGCGGGGCACCGAACCAUUCCGGGGAAGCUGGCACGACGACGAACCUAUCGGGACGCAGCAGUGGCAGCGGCAGCAGUAGUAGUAGUGGAACCGCAGGCGCAUCGUCGGUUGAACUGCUGCCCUCGUUGCCGUCGCCCUACUGUCGCAACGAUGUUGCUGCCAACUGCUCGUCCCCAUCAGCAACUACCACAGUAAGCGGCGGAAGGACUCUGUUGCAAUCCGCGAUAUCCACAGCAGUUGCAGUAGCAGCAGCGGCGGCAGCAGCAGCAUCAGCAUCAGCAGCAGCAGCCACUAACGCAGCUGCAGCAACAGCAUCGCCAGCAGUGCUCAUAGAUAGCAGCAGCCACAGCGGCUGUGGCGACGGUUCGGACGGCGGUAACGCUAAUAAUGCAGCUAACGGCUCAGGCAAUCAAGGUAGCAGCAGUAGCAGCAGCAACAGUUCCAGUUCCAGUAGCACCAGUUUCAGAUACAAUUCUACCGGUGCAUCUGUUGGUGGUGGUGCAGGAGGGGGAGCAAGCACUAGCGUCACAACGACGUUGUCGGCCACUGUUGGAGCAGCAGCAGCAGCGUCAGCACCUGCAGCAGCAGCUCCAGUCAGUAGCGGCGGUGGAGGCGGAGGAAGUGCGGCUGAAACAAGCAGCACAGGAGGUGGGAAAGGGGGCGGAAGCGGAGGUGCAGUGCUUAGCAACGGCAGCACUGCUGGUAGCGGCACGAGUCUGAUCAACUGCCAUUCGGAAGAUAACCGACCGCUGGCGAUCUGCGUGCGUAACUUACCUUCCCGCUCGUCCGACACCUCACUCAAGGAUGGCUUGUUCCACGAGUAUAAGAAACACGGCAAAGUGACGUGGGUGAAGGUGGUCGGCCAGAACACCGAUCGGUACGCGCUCGUCUGCUUCAAGAAGCCGGAAGAUGUUGACAAGGCACUGGAAGUGUCCCACGAUAAGCUGUUCUUCGGCUGCAAGAUAGAGGUGGCCCCCUAUGCCGGGUACUACGACGUGGACGACAACGAGUUCCGGCCGUACGAGGCGGAGCUAGACGAGUACCAUCCAAAGUCGACGCGGACCCUGUUCGUCGGCAAUCUCGAGAAGGACAUUACCGGGAGUGAGUUGCGUAAACAGUUCGAGUGUUUUGGUGAAAUCAUUGAGAUAGACAUCAAGAAGCAGGGUGUGAGCGCGUACGCGUUCUGUCAAUAUUCGGACAUAGUGAGUGUAGUGAAAGCGAUACGGAAGAUGGACGGUGAGCAUCUUGGCAACAAUCGCAUCAAGCUCGGGUUCGGCAAAUCGAUGCCAACUAACUGCGUGUGGCUGGAUGGAGUCUCCGACAGUGCGAGCGAGAACUAUCUGGCGGCACAGUUUAAUCAUUUCGGCACGGUGUCGCAAGUGAGCGUUGACCGGGAACGCAAGCUGGCGCUGAUUUACUACGAGCAAGUGCAGCAAGCUCAGGCGGCAGUGAAAGAGAUGCGUGGCGUGAUGUUGCGCGGUCGCAAGCUGCAAGUGGACUUUGCGUCUCGGGAGUGUCAGGAGGCGUUUUUCGAUAAGUUAGAUAAGCAGCAGUCCGGCGGUAGUAUAGCGUCGUCAUUCGGAUCGCCCCGUUUCGGCGGCGUUACAGGAAUCGCAGGAAGCGCUAGUAGUAAUAACAAUAGUAUUAGUGGAAAUGUUAGUAAUAGUAUCAGCACCGGAGUGGCAAACAGUGCUAAUAGUGUCGGCAGCAGUAACAGUGGGAGCAGCAACAGCAAUAAUCUGUCCCGCAACAGAUCCGGGUCGUCGUUCAGUCGACCGGGCAAUCCGCUCAGCGGCAGAGGAGCCGAUAUCGGGUCCGCUGCGGCUGCUGGCGUCGUCUGUGGCGGCGCAUCGCCCCGCGUUGACCCGCUAUCAUUAGCCUCGCCAUCGUCGGUGUCCGCAUCCAGUGCAGCGGUCGGCGGUGGCGCCGGUAAUGUUAGUUCACGGGGCGGUAACAGUGGGUCUAUAGGAGGUGGUGGUGGCGUCGGCUCCUUAGCCUCAUCGCGAUCGAGGAAUAUGCGGUACUCGAGCGAAGACUACUAUUCUGAAGGUGGUGGUGAUCGGAGAUUUCGGAGCUACGACGAAUACAGCCAAGGAUCGGCCAGCUCAACGCACGAGGAUGAGCGGUACGAUCAGCAUGAGCAUAACAACGGCAGCAGUGGCAAUAAUAAUGCUGGCAGCGGAAGUGGCCAUGCUGGAACGUUGUCGACGGGCGGUUACGGUCGCAGUAACAGCCUCAUCGACCGAUUGUCGGGAUCUCAUCAUCACCACCACCACCAUACCCCGCCAUCGUCCGACUCUCCGCCGGCUACGUCUACAAUGCUACCUGCAAGCAGCAUCAUGGGAGGUGUAGCAGGAAGUGGCGGCAUGGCAUCCUCGAUACAAUCCCGCCUGAGCGGAGAUGUCGAUCUAUCCCCUUCCUCGAGCAGUAGUAGUAUACGGAAACGUAGCGAGAAAGGCACUGGUGGCGAUAGUAGUAACAUGCGCUAUCUGCAAAAAGAGCGUGUACAUAUAUUAGAACAGCUAGAAGAAUGCCCGUCCAGUGGCGAUGAGCUGGUGAGCCCCAAGAAGCGUAUGAAAUACAAUUCCGAUGGACACCAUCAUCACCACCAUCACCACCAUCAUCAUCAUGGUAGUGACUCGGAUCGAGAUCGCGAUCACCGUGAUCACCGCGAUCUACGUGAUCCGUCGCCCGGAACAACCGCUGCGGGAGGCAGUGGUGGAGGCAGCCUCGGUGGUACAGCCGUGGUCAAUAGUAACAGCGGCACUGGUAGCAGUAGUAGCAGUUAUUACAACAGUCACCACCAUCAUCAUCAUCACCAUCAUGCUAACAAUAGUGAUAGCCCCGGUAUAGGAGGUGUUGUAGGUGGUAUCAGCGGAUCAUCCUCCAUCAGUGGCAUUCAGUCAUCAUCCGCACUGACACACCGAAAGUCGAUGGAAGUGCGUCGGCUUUCCGAGUGCAAUCUGCAAACAUCGAAGCAAUCGUCCUUAUCGUCCUCCUCGGUAGCAGCUGGAGGAAUUGGUGGUGGAGGAGGAGGAGGAGGAGGUAGCCAUAGUAGGAGACCGUCCACCGAAAGUACGUCACUACACCAGCGUCACGGUAGCAGUAGUAGCGGCAGCAGUAUCAGCGCUUCCAUUUCGCAACAAACACAUCUGGAAAGUGGCAGUGGCAGCAAUCAUACGCUCUAUCCGCAUCAUUCGAGUAAACGGCGAAAAAUGAUUGCGGAUGGUGGCAGCGGAGGUGCUAGUGGGGCGCAAUCAACGGGGAACGGUUCUACGAGCAGCAGCAGCAACACUGCCGGAAACAGCAAUAGUGGAGGUAGUGGCGUAACAGGAUUGUCGGCAGGCGCGAAUAGUUUGUCGACGUCGAACGAGCACCACCAUUCGUCACGGGGUCGUGGCCAUCAGCUCCACUCCAUACAUUCUCAUGAGGCUAGCGGAGGAGAGAGUGCGGACGGCUCCCGGCCAGGUACUCCACUGUGCGAUGAGCGGCCGGAGAAUCUUUUGCCUAGCGAGCCACGCCGUAUACCGACGGGACGAUCGCAAAAUCAGGAACCGCUCGUUCUACCAUUGCCCCGGUUUGCGGUGCAAGUGUUUCAACAGAAUCGACUCAAUGCGCUACAGCAACAACUGCAAACAAGUUCGUCGGCGGGCGCGGCUGCUAGCGCUGGGAUGUCGGGUUCGUCGUCUUCAUCGUCAUCUUCGUCGUCCUCAUCUACAUCCUCCGUUGAUCGACUGCCGGCAGCAGUUGGCGCUGCUGGCUCCGUUACACCCACGAUAGGAUCGUCCUCCACCGGGACACUACCCAGCAGCAGCAACAACAGUGGUGCAGUGCCGCUGCCCUCUUUUGCGUCCAAUUCUAGUCUGCAAAGUAAUAAUAACGCACUAUCGAGCCCACCGCCCGCCGGUAUCGCGUUGUCCAAAUUGCAAAAACCUUUGCAAGUUGGCGCUACACAGACAUCGACAACAACAUCAGGAAGCACCAGCUUUGGCAUGGCGGGAGGCAGCAGCAGUACAUUGCUAUUGGAGACGACAAAUGAAAUGGUGCCGGCCAGCCCACCACCGCGCGCAUCCUCCGUGAGCUCCACCUCAAGCGACUCGAGCGAUCUUGGACUGUCGCUUGACGAACGUAUCAAGACGCUUGAUGAGAAGUUCGAAAAAUGGUCCGGCAGCACGCAGGCGGCAUCCGUGGGGCGGCUAACAGUAGGGAGCAAUGCUGCCGUUAGUAACAGUAUCCCUGUUGGCAGUGGUGUGAGUAAUAGCGCAAUCGUGGGAAGUGGCAGCAAUUCCAGUGACCUUCAUUUUCUGAAUGAACGCCACCAUUUUCCGCAUUCGUCAAGCAGUAAGAGCUAUUCGAAUCAUCAUUCCUCCUCUACUCAUCACCACCAUCACCAGCAACAACCAUCCUUUCACAAUCACAUUGUGGGAAGCGGCAGUUUGAUAAACCAUCACCACCACCAGCAUCACCAACCGGCAGCACAUCCUAUGCAGUCGCCACUGUCAGCAGGAUCCGCCUCUACCUCCUCCUCCUCCCAUGCGACCACGGGCUCGUCUUCGUACCGGCACAAGUUUCUUGAUCUCGACGUACACGAACUUCCCCCAUCGGACAUCGUCAAGUCCGUCCUUUCGAAGAAAUCGAUCUUUGACGAAGAUCUCAAACGGCUAGAAAAUAUUGAUGACAAAUACGAGCCUCGUGAUUUUUCCAACUAUUCGAAAAACAGUGCCACUUUGGCUUCGGCCGCCACGAUUGCCACUGUACUAGGCAACAGCAUAGCAUCGGCUAUUGGCGCCACACCGAUAGUACCAGGAGUGGCGAUAGGAUCGUCUUCGCCUGGCAUAAUCAACAGCGUAGCAUCUUCAGCGAGCGCAUCUCCGGUACACAUGAGUUCGACAAAGACGGGAACAGCUGUACCGGUAGUUUCCCAGCAACAACAGCAACCUCCUGAAGCACCGGUUCAAUCUGCAGCAAGUACAGCAGCAACAGCUGCCGCUACAACUACUAAUACUACUACUGCUACCACUACUACUGCUACUACCACUACUACGAUGGCCGUUUCACAAACCACAGCAACAGCGCCGAUUAACAUCCAACGAGUCAGUGGCAGUGCUUCAGUGUCGCCAAUGAAUAGCCCUCAACCAUACAACAGUCCUAACCCGUCGGUAAAAUCCUGCCUUCAAUAUCCUUUUCCGAGUCACCCUCCUGUCGCACAACAAAGCCCAACGUCGACUUCAGGAACGAGUGCUGUCACAACAACGACUACUACCAUCAGUAGCGGCAGUAGUGGUACUGGUGCUGGCACUGGAAUUACGACCAUACCGUCAUCCUCGGACGCUGCACAGUCAUUGACGACAGAGACGAAAACUGUAACAUCAUCUUCAUCCUCGAUGGGUAGCAAGGGUGGCAAUACUACUGGCAAUGGCUCCAACAACAACAACAACAGCAGCGACCCAGCAACCGUAACAUCAUCGCCGUCCGUUAAUAGUAAUAAUAGUAAAGGUAGCAGCGUUACAACUGCACCAUCGACAAUACAAUCGACCAUUGCUACUACCAACGAUACAACAGUUGUCACAACAGCUGCGAAUGCUGCCGCCGCCGCCGCCACCUCACUAUCGUCGUUGUCGUCAUCAUCUUCGUUGUCGUCGUCAACCAGUAAACCAAAGACCAAUGUUUUAAAUAAAAGUAUUAGUUUAACGGAAAAAACAAGUACAAACGCUAGCGGUAACAACAAUAAUAAUUUAAUACACAAUAGUGAUAAUCUAAAUAGCGGUAGCAGCAGUGGUGGCAGUAGCACUAGCACUGGUAUUGGUACUAGUGUUAACCUUACGUCUUCGGUGGCCGAUGCGGUAUCGUCAUCGGCAGCGGCGAGUGGCACACACAUACAGACACAUAAAUCGUCCUCUUCUGUGUCGUCAGGAUCGUCAACAUUUUCUUUUUCUUCGUCAUCGUCAUCGUCAGCGGCAGAGUUGUCCAGUACUAAUAACUAUAAUGUGGUUGUGAAGAGUAACACUAGCAGUAAUAACGCUGGUGUGAACAACAGCGUGCCGGGGAGUACAAAUGUUGGCACGGUUAAAUCGAGCACGGCUGGAAAUGGUGAUGAAGUGCCGCAUAUGCAUUCCAGUAGUAAUAGCCAGUCACAAAAGGAGGAGUCUUCUAGCGGUUGCAGCAAAACUAACCAUAACAUCGGAAACAGCAGCAGUGGCAGCAAGCAUCACAAGGAUCGCCGAAAACUGUCAACCGCAUCGUCUACCUCGUCAGCAUCCUCAUCAAGUGUGGCAUCGUCGCCGAACAUUGCCACUGCCGGGUCUGGCAGUGGGUCGAAUAUAGUGGAUGAGCCUGAUGAUGCACCGACGACGCCAACAGUAACGGCUUCGUCAAAGCACUCGAGCAAAUCGAGCAAGUCAAAUUCGCACUCUCACCACCAUCAUCAUGGUGAGCACGGACAUCGGAAUAGCGGUAGCCAUCAUAACCAUCGCCAUCACAGUGACAGUAUCAGCAGUAACAGUAGCAGCAGCAGUGGCAACAUCAGCACUAACGGGAAAAACUCUUACAAAGACCAUGAGCGAAAUCACGUCGCAUCUUCGGCUGGUGGUAGUGAGCACUCACAAGCUGCUGCCGGAGGUGGGUCUGCUGCCUUGAACAGCAGCUAUCGCGAUGAGUUCGACCGACUAAAGCAGGAGGCUGCCUCUGCCGCUGCUGGUAGCGGUAAUGUGGACCGUCAUUCCUCUGGUGCAUCGUUGAAGCGACGAGACAAAGAGCGUGAAGAACGCUCCAAUAACGAUGAGGAAUCGCGAAAGGCGAAAGAAGAUGGUGGAAGCUCUAACUUAGAUCAUCGAGAAAAGGAUAGCGAUCGAACCGGCAUAGAGAAAGAUCGGAAAGAGCACAACAAACGCAGUGAAGAUUCAGCUAAAGAACACGAGAAAGAUCGUCGUAGCACGAAAGGAAGUGGUGGGAUUUCGAAUGAUUCUGAGCAAACAAAAGAAUCUUCGAGUCAGAAACAACAUCAACAUCUGUAUCAUCAGGAUGACUCCUCUCUCCAUCAUCAGCACCAUCGAGAGCGGUCAUCGGAUAAGGAUCGUCGGGAUCGUGUUAAUUCGGCGGGCAGUGGAUCACCGGUAAGAAGCUCAUCGAAGCGGCGUCUUAGUUCACAAGACAGCAUAGAAUCGUCGUUGGAGGAAGCGACAUCUCUGAAAAAGAUACGCUCCAGCGCACAAGAAGGCAGCACCAACGCCGACAUGUCAUCGAGUGGUGGGAAUGGGUCGAAAAGUAGUGAAAGAAGAGACUCUAGCAAGGAAGGAAGCCGCAGGGAGGGUAGCAAAUAUCAUCACCACAAGAGUAGCAACCGUUCGGAUGGAAGUGCUAGUGGCAGCAGUCAUAAUCAUCGUUCCGAGAAAGUUUCAUCGAAAUCUGGUGGAACUAGCAGCAGCGUUACCGUCACUUCGUCAACUCAGAGCACUGUAAGUUCUGCGGAAAAGAGCUCUUCGGGCAAGCACGUAGACAAUCACGUGAUCGAAAAGCAACAGGCUUACUUCCUCGAAGAACGCCGUAAAGAGAUCAUGCUGUCGAGUGAAGAUCAUCUUCACAGCGGACCAGGAGGUGUGGGUGGACCUAUUAAUAGCUCCGGUGCAUCGAACAUGGCUGGCAGUGGCGGCGUAUCUCAUCACCAUAAGCGCAAGGAACGUUACCACGAUAAGCACAAGUCGAAGAAAAAUCGUGAUCCUUCUCGUGACAAGGAAAACGCGCUCAGUACAAACUUUCCUGCAGAUAGCUAUGGUGAGAAUCGGUCUACAAGUGACGAAGAAGAACAGAAUCGUAUUCGCUACAAAAAGGAACGCAAGGAGCUGCAGGAGUAUGCGAAACAGCGUCAUCACAGCUCCAGCGGUGGGAGUGCUGGAAUUGGUCUGCAUGGAGUAGACUACAAGUUAGCUGUCAGCAAGCUAAACUGCGGAAGCAGCGGAGUUGCUCGCGAUGAUCGCAAAUCGUCCCAGCCGGUCAGCAGGGCGGAAUCUUCUGCCGAGGAGGGACGUGAAAAGAAAAAGUGUCGAUCAAAUAGCAGCCGCAAAGCGAACAGCUCCGAUACGGAUGAUUCGGACGAGCCGAAGAAGCAUUCGAUUUUCGACAUUCCCGACGAUGGGCCGAAUAUAUCGAUGUAUGACAAGGUGAAAGCGCGAUCCUGCAAAAACAUGCAAAAACAGGAGGAAGAGAAAAAAAUCAAGGCCAAGUUUUCGCAGCUGAAACAGUGCAGAGCCAAGCGGGAGGGUAAGAACCGUUCUAAGAGCUGGGAAGAGGGCGACGAUUCCGAUUCUGAUGCAAUGCACUCGGAUACGACGAUCAACAGCAAGUACAAUCACAAGGACCACAAUAAGAGUGGCAUGGUGACAACGACGGAUGACGAAGAUCAUGCACCCACGACUCCGCGAUCUCGACGCAACUUCAAGGAUUCGUCGUUGGCGUCCGAUUCCGACGAAGGUCACCGCCAUCCGCAUCAGCACCGCACGGCGAUGUUUAAUCGCGAUCGGCUGAACGAUCUGUGCGACGAUGAGAGUAGCGAGGGUGGAGGACAUUUGAUGCUCAGCAGUACUGGUGGUGGUGAGGGUCGUGAUAAGCCAAAUCGCGAGGCGCAGCGGCAGCAGAAGGACUAUCACGAAAAGAAGCUUCGUCGCAGCUCGGGUGAAGAUAAGAAGUCAUCGCGAAAGAAUUCCCGCUCGACUCGCAUACAGUCCGACACGGAAACGGACGAAGAUUCGAUGAUGCGUGAACGCUCAAAGCCGAAGGGAUCUGGCAUGUGUCGCUUAGAAAACAAUACGAUAUCCGACGUAGAGUAUAAUCAUAUCAACGAUAACAUAGGCCGCAUGUUUGGCAGCACAGACACUAAUGAGCAGCAAAGCCGAAUGGUGGACAGACAAGAGGAUGUAAAGAUCAAACAGGAAGUCAAAAGUGAGGAUGAGUGUACAUUAGACGGAGACAAAAAAUCAGCCACCGUCCUACCGCUGUCUUCUUCUGCAAAACCUAAUGAUUCAGUGUCCACAGUUCCGCUCGGCGUGGAGCAUAAGCCAUCGACCUUUGCCCUUAUCGCCAGUGAUAUUUCGGAUGAUGAUUUGGUGAAAACGGUGGUUAAGUCGGAAUAUCCACAGCACAAUUCGAUUGCCGGCAGCAAACCGUUGAUGUCAACGGCGCCGGUGAUAACAUCGAUUAAGCGUGAACCGACCGACAAUCUGAGUUCGUACAAGUCUUCUCUCAGCAACAUCAAAGAGCGCCAGCAGCAACAUCUGUGCAAUCUUUCCGGAUCGGAUGGUGCUGACCUACUACCAGAAAAGUCGUCCAAAUCGGAAACGAGCCAAACUGAGUCAAAGAAGAAACAUAAGAAAAAACAAAAGCGCAAUAAAACUCUCGAAGGAAGUAGCACGUACGACCAGUUGGAGAAGGAUGUACCUACUACACCGAGACCCGUUGAACCUCAUAGUGUCGAUACUGAGCCGGAUGAAAGUGCUGCUCUUGCUUCAGCAACGCUGGCGGUUGGAGCUGAUAAUGCUAAUAGCGGUAAUGUAGCGCCGGGUACUCAGUCGUGUAGCAGUGUACAACAACCAUCCAAUGCUACAUCUGUCCCUUCGUCAUUGAAUGAAGAAUCGAAAAAACAGUCAUCCGAAGAUCAUCAUUCGUUAUCAUACAACAAGAAAAAGCAUAGCGGCGGAAAGAAGGACAAACGGCGUGAUCGAUCCAAAGAAGACCACGACAAAUCAACAUCGUCCUCUUCCAGUCGUUCUAAAAAGUCGAAAAAUCGUCAUAAAGAAGGCAGUGCGGCUAGUGGUAGCGGCGUCCCGAACAGUGGAAGUGGUAAUGGUUCCGGCAGCGCUAACAGCAAGUUCCUUGAUAUGGAACUCUUUGGGCCUAUAUCGGAUGAAGAGUCGCAGCACUCCUCUGUGGAGACGGAGGCGUCCCACGGCAAGCAAGGUUCCGUGGAGCCGGACGAAUCAAAAGAAGAGGACAUGCAACCCCAGCUUUCAGAACAGAAGGAGAAAACUGGUGCAGCAAGUGGCGACAGACUGCCAACAGACUUUACUGGCGGCAAUGGAGAAAAUCAGCAAAACAUUAGUAGCAAGCAAGAGAAUGCUACCGCACCGGUAUCGCUAAGCACCGCGUCUUACGAUCCAUUGAACGACAGGGAAUCGCGUAAGCGUAGCAAGGAGAAGAAGCGGCGCGAUCGCGAGAAACUGCGCGCUUCUAUGGUGUUGCUGAAGGAAGAUGAAAACAGCGUCGAUCUGGACGAAGCUGGUAGAGCCCUUGAAGCCCAGUUGAUGAGCGACAACGAUCAAAAGGUGGAAGAUGUAUCUCCUGCUUCUACCAUUGCCAGUGCCUCACUCAGUGGCAAGCGGUCGUCGGUCGAGGUGCUGGACGUGUUUCGCUACACGGAUGGAGACGAUAGCAUGGAAAUGUCGUAUGGAGAGAAGAAGGAAGCGCCAUCGGCUUCUGCCACCGAUCACAGCCGCAAAGAGAAGAAAAAGAAAAAGAAACGUGGGAAGGAAGAGAAACACAAACAUCAUCACAGCUCAGUGGGAACAACUGCUACUACUACUACUACAAGUAAUGCUGCUGCUUCCAAUGUUUCGUCGGUCAACAGUAAUCCAUCCAGCGGCACUGUUGUAAUGCCAUCUACGGAUGCAAGCGGCAGUGUCGCCCAGGAUGCUUAUGGGGGCAAUGCCAAUAACAGCAAGCAUGUAAACAGUCAUCCGCAACCGCAACCACCAACGACAACACCUGUUACGCCGUCGAUCAAUAAGCUAUCUCUGGAUAUCAUUUCUGCUCAGCAAGAAGAUUUGAAGCAUAACCUUAGCAAACCAUCGCCAAGCUUGCCUUGCCUGCUUGACGAAAGUCCGCCGCCUUCCAACAAGCAGCAGCUAACAGCACAAAUGAAUACUUGCGAGCCCACCGGUAAAGAGGGCACAGAGGAAGGUGUACAAUCGUCCAUUCCGUUGCCAGGUCGUGCCGGGGAAAAGGUAGCGAUGGCUUGUUCUACGCCAACCUAUGAAAUAGAAGAGGCAUCAAGUGUGCAAAAAUCACAACACGACUCAGCACUACGUGGCACCAAACAGAAGACGGCAGAGCAGUUGGAAAAGACUCAGCCAUUUUCAACACCAUCGUUUGGAUACGGCCUGGAAGAACAGCUGCACGAGAAAGCUGUGAUGUCGAUAUCGGGCGAGUUUACUGAGAAGUCUAGCAAACCUGAUAAAGAACCAGCUAUCGAAGGCAAGGAGAUCGAACUAAAGCACGCAGACAAGCAGAAAGUCGACGAAAAGCUGCUGCUUGUAGAAGAAAAAUCUCGCGUUGUGAUCUCGCAGGAAGAAACCGAAGAUGCAGUAGCAGCGCUGUUGGGCGAAAGCUUCGGCACAUCCAAUACGCCCGAUUUCUCCGAUAUGUAUAACGAUCCGGUAGAGGAGGAGCAGCUUUCCUCGCAGUUGGCAGUCGAAGAGCCACCGCAGAUACCGGAGGAAGACGACGAAGAGAUGAAAAAGGCAAUCAUGAGCCUUAACGCGGAAGAGCUGGAUAUUAAGGAAGCAGAUACGCCGCAGUCAGAGCACGAUCUUCAAAUUGACACGGAUACAGAGGAUGCAAACCUAGAGGACGAUCAACAGUCCAGUCUGCUGCGCUUCGACAAUCCACCCAAAACACCCGAUGUUGAUCUGAGCCAGCUCGGCAAACCGUUGAUCGAAGGGUCGCAGCUUACCAAAGCAGGCCAAAGCCCAACGGCGAUUGCAACAGAAAGCAUCAGCAACACGGAUGGAAAUGCAGCGAAAAAGGACGAUUCAAGCAGUAAAUUGGAAAUGCCGGAUACGCCUGGUAAGAAUGUAGCUAUGGCUAGUGAUUCGCCGGCGCGAGUAACAUCUGAUGUGAAUCCAGCACAACAUCCAGCCAAACACAGUGUGGGCUCAGCUACGGUGUCGGUAACAGUGGUAGAGUCGUCCAAACAGAGCGAAAUUAGUUCCAAGAUCUCUCCUGUUGUGGGCGUUUCGGUGAAUGCGAUAAAUCUACAGAAUCCAAAAAUCGGUACAACACAUACAACCACUAUGAUCGCCAAGGACCACCGGGACCAUCGCACAAAGGUAGCCUCUGCUUCUAAUGUAACUGAUGAGAAAUCAAAGGCCGUAAGCAGCGAUCACAGAUCAGCGACAACGGUAGUUCCAACAAUAACAACAACAACAACAUCUACUACUACAUCAAGCAAAUCGUCAACAGCAACUGUAGGAUCACCAUCUACAGCAACGAGUCAUCCUGCAGCAAAGUCAUCGCAAUCCACUACCAACACAUGCCAAAGCCCAAGAUCAAGCAGUACUGGGCAGCCGUCUCAACAACACCUUCCCCCAGUUAUAACUGGUGCUGAUCAGCAAAAGCUUUCACCAGCAGCUGUCACGCGUCAUCAAUAUGUCGUGCAAACACCACCUUCGAUCUCUAUACCAGAACAAAAUGCAAUCGUCUAUCAUCCGGUAGGAACAGCUGAUACACCAUCUCGAGGCAUUGCGUCAGCAACAACAGCGGCAUUGAAUAGCAGUGGCAGUGCUGGUGGUGUACAAUCGCCAAAACUUCACAUCGCGCCACACUCUCCAUUCUCACGAACGUCCUCGCCUACCACACUAAGACCAUCCGUGAAUACCGCUAGUAGGCAGUCUCCGCAACUAAGUCCCAUCAUUCAGACCGGUGGCAGCCCUCAAGCGAUGAUCAUUCACCAUGGUGGUCAUAUUGUGGUACAUGCUCCCAGUGCCUCCCAAUCCUCGGGAUCGCCAGGCGGAGGGCAAGGAGGCUUCCUACCUCAAAAACCCGUAACACCGGUGACAGCGCCAGGAGCUGGACACCAGCAGUACCAACCACAACAGCUGACUCAUCAUCACACGUCGCCGGUAUCACGAAUGUCUGCGGUUGGAUCACAGUUGAAACCAGUGUCGCUAAGUGCAUCAUCCACAAAACCCAUCGAACAACAUCCGAUCAAAACACAGUUCAACAGUGGAGGAAGUCCAGUAGCCGUGACAAGAAUCAUUGCUGCCAGUGCCGCACCAGGAUCUCCAUCAGCGAUGAGCAGUGCCGGGUUGGAAUCUACACAUAAUAAAUCAACCAUUGUAGUGAAUGCGACCAGCACUAGUACCGCCAACACAAGUACAUAUGUAACCACCAAACCAACCGAGUCGUCGUCGCCCAAAACAACACCACCAACCGUUGUCGUAGCACCAUCUGAUUCGGGAGCGACACCGAUGAAGGCAGCUACAAUUGUGGCGAAUCAGCCUAUCUCUAUAACAUCAGUGACGCAUGCUCAGCUGUCGAAACCACAACAAUUACCAAUGAUUGUCACAGCGGCUAAAGUGCCACAGCCUGCAACUACGUCGAUUGCUUCGUAUCAAACCUCGUUUGGAGAACAAAGCUCUUCCAAUGUAAUAGUUGCCAAGGCGAGACAGUCGGACGCUAAAACAGCAGGUCCGUUGUUCGGUGCUGGAAAUAAUGCAAUAUCCACAAUUACAUCCAAUCCAAAUCAUCAGUCCGCACCAACAGUCACCACCCCAGCGGCUCCAGCCACAUCGGAAAGCAUUUCCAAAAAGUUGGCAACUCCUCUCGAUUCAACCGCUGAGUCUACAAGUAAGAGCAUGGCAGGCUACAAAUUUGACACUGAAAAGGGUAGAGGUUUGGUAGAGAAGAGAUCUAGCGAAAACAUCUCGAAACAGUCCCCAGCAGUGGAUGAACAGAAACCAACGCCAGCGUCACAUGCCAGUGUGAAUGUAGAUGACCAGGAAACAGAUUCGAAGGAGGACAGUGAUUGUUGGUCUGCAAAGGAGAUCAACAUAGAUUCGGUGAUUAAAAAAGUCGAUGCAUUAUGCUCGGAAGACGAUUCCUCGUCAUCGCAAACAAUUGCUAGCAGUGCUAGUGCUAUCGAUAAAGCAGCUUCUACUAUUGAGAUGGUGGCCAAGGGUUGCACUCAGGAAAGCAUAAAAUCAAAAGCAGCGCUGAAGGAAGAGCUAAGAGACCGUGGUGCUGAUGGAGCGGUUAGAGCAGACACAAGUAAGGUGGUGGUAUCCGAGACAGUAUCGGCGAUGUCGGUAACAGCUGAUGAGUUGCAUACCACCACCACCACCACCACCAUUGCCAGUUCUACCGCAGCUCCGAUCAUCGAUGAAGAAGAAGCAGAUGAUACCGCGAGCACCGAGCCGGUCGAAAAGGAACACAACGUCACACGAGGGGGCAAGCGUGGAGGUCGUCGUGGAGGCCGUAAAACAUCGGAAAGUAGCCAUACAACGCUGGCUGCAGGAGACAAAGCGAAUGCAGACCAACCAUCGCUUGAAGCGGGCAUUCAAACACGAACCAGGGGUGGAAAAGCUGCUGGAGCUAAACGUGGCCGUGGUGGUCGUGGUGGUGCGCGUGGAGGUGGAGUAGCUGCAUUGGUAAACACGCCAAACUCAGCAACUGCAGCGACACCAUUGGCAUCAUCAGUUCCGCCACCUGUCCCUGGAAUGCCCAGAUCAGUUGGUGGUUCAAAAGUGGGAAUGCAUAUGGGCGGUGGUUCCUCCGAUAUCUACGAGUUCCACGAUGACUCUGGAGAAGAAGUGUCCAAUUCGGAUAAAUCGUUAUCCGGUGCUGAUGGUGCGCGCCCACGGCUAAUCCUGACAAUAAAGAAUCAAGCCGCAGUUACGACGGCUACUCCUACUGCUGUUACUAGCAGUGCUCCAGCAACAGUAAUAGCUACAACGAGCGCGGCAACUACUAGCCCCAUUAACACUACAGCGUCUCCAUCAGGAGCGACAACAGUCAAUGCCAGUGUGACAAGCCUCGAAACAUCAAUAGCAACAACUACCACCACUACCACCUUGGUCCACCAACACCAGUCGACUAUGCCCACAAAUGUGUUGAUGCCGCAGUCACACCAGCAGCAGCCGCAACUGCCAGUACAGCAGCAGCAGCAGCAACAAUCGCAGCCUACACAACCGCAGCAAGCUUCCGAUGAAGCAUAUGCUAUGCCGAUUCCAAUGGACGUCGGUAAGGAGGAACAUGUGUUGACAACAAAUACAACCGGCAUGCUUUCGGCAGCGGCGGUUGCUGCAGCAGCCAACACCAGGAAAUCUCGGCGACUUCUGGAGAAAGAUGGACGAAGCACUAUCGAUGACAUUAUUGAAGAUGUGAUUCGAAACGGUCCCUCGCCAAAGGUAGCCGGCGGUGGUGUGAUGCAACAGCAAUUGCAGCAACCACCACCAGGUGUUGGUAUGGCUCCGAAUGCACAGCAGCAGUCACCAGUGACUCCGAUUGGUCAGCAACAGCAGCAACAAUCGGCUAUUGGAACAGUCAACCAAGGCUUGAUACAGACACAGCCGCAGGUGGUUAUGCAGCAACAACAGAUCAUUGCAUCAGCAGUAGCUGUUGGUGAACAACAACAGCAGCAGCAAGGUGGUCACACGACACGUCGCACCACUCGACAGAAUACAACAGCUCUGACUGCCACUUCCGCAGUAGGAGAUAUGCGCAAAUCACCUCGUAGCACACGUAAAGGUAAAGAUCGCAAGAUAUCGGAAACAUCUACGGAUAGCAGUGACGAAAAACCUCAGCAAACGGUACCACCAUCCGUAGCCGGUAACGCAAUUACCAUGAAAGUGCAGGGUGAGCCAAAAGCAUUGGACGAUCAGCAGGUGGCCGGUACACUGUCCGCCACAACUCCAGUAACACCCAGCAUACAAGUAGCUCGUCCUAAUGAGACAGCAUCUGUGGCCGAUAAGUCUAAGUCGGAGAAAUCGAAGCCGACGGACGAAGCGAAGGCUCCUGCCGAGAUAGGAAACCUGGCGCAGCCGAAUUCGCUGACUCUGAUAGAUCCCGUUACGGGAGAGAUGGCAGUUAUGCGUCACAGCAAGGAAGGUCAGUACGUACCGAUGCCGAAUGCUCCGCAGCCACUGAAGAAGGUGAUAGCGGCAGCUGCCGUCCAGAGUGCGGCUGCUGCUGCCGAACAGCUGAAAUCAGCAGGUCCCGUAUCGAAUGCAGCUUCUCCUUCACCACCGGAAAUGCUAAGCAAUAGUGGAUCGCCCAUCGCGCUCAGUCGAACAUCAACUCCUGGGUCCGUUUCAUUAGUCACGUCUUCUACAGGCAUGUUGUUAACAACCAACAAGACAACCACAACUGUGUCAUCGAAUCAACAACAGCAACAACCACUAACGGCUUCUAAACCACAUACGUUAAAAUCACACGUGCUUGGAUCACAACAAGUGCUGCAGCAGCAUCAACAUCAACAGGUUGUAACGAAACCAGGCCAUCAACAACCGCCACCAUCUGGAGGAUUAGCGACCCAGCACCAAAUGGGUUCAUCAUUUGUACCGUCCGGUCAAAUGAUUGGAGGAAAAACGAUGCAUCCAACGACGACAUCAUCCUCAUUGAAACUAACAACUCAACCCAUAACUACAUCAGCAUUAGGUCAGCAGCAACAGAUCAUAAUACAUAAUGCCAUCGCAGGACAACCACAGUCUCAUGCGAUGGCCAAGCAAACCAACAUCAUCAGCGGAAAACCACCAGCUACAGGCGCUACGCUGCAACAACAAGGCCCUGGAGCUGUUGGUAAUAGCAUACAGUUGCAUCAACACACUGGCACUGGCAAUCUGUUAAUCAACAUACCAUCUAAUAUGCAUCCGGCUACAGCUGUACAAAUGUCGCCUCGUUUGCAACAACAACAGCAACAGCAACAACAACAUCAACAGCAGCAGCAACAACAGCAACAGCAGCAACAACAGCAACAACAGCAACAGCACCAACAACAUCAACAACAACAAGUAGUGAUUGCUAAUGCCAAGCAGCUGCAAGGACAAUCGUCUCAAAAUCCGACACAACACAAACCUAUGCAGCAUGUAGUGCAAGCUGCCGGUGGACCAGGUCCGGCAGUACCACAGCAAAUAAUAAUCCAUCGUGGAAAGGCUGGCACGGCUACGGAAUCUACCGCAUCUUUGCACCAGCAGCAAAUACCUGUAGGUUACACCACUGUCCUACAAAGCGGUAGUAAAAUUAUCCAAUCACCUGGUGCGGCCGGUCCUGGCCAACAAGGACCAAACGUGGGCAGUGCUGGCCCAAUUGUAUCACAAGUGCAACAACACAUACUCAGCAAGCAUCCAACGACGGGUCAAACAAUACAGAUAGCGGCUGGUGGCGCUCCCGGGCUACCGGUACAUUACCAAGCAGUGCAGCAGCCGGGCCAGCCGACGAUCGUACAUAAGGGAGCAAUCACGACCGUGCAGCAUAAGAUUGUGCAACAAACUAGUUCCGGCAUCCAACAGCAACAACCACCACCACAACAUCAAUUGCAGCAUCACAAACCAAGCGAAGGAUCCGCGGUUGGUUUGCAUACAAUCGCAGGCAAAGGUCCCAUCAUCCAUCAGGUGCCCACGGCGGGAGGCAAGAUCGUGCAAAUUCAAUCAGCUACCGGAUUGCCACCGCAGCAGCAGCAAACAGUUAACCCAUCAGGUCCAGUGGGUACAUUGCAGCCAGUGGGUCUAACGAAGUUGUCGAACCAUCAUGUGUCGACGCCGUCACCGCCAGCUCAGCAGUUGCAGCCACAGACACAGCAGCCGCCUUCAAAAGGGUUGUCUCCGCUGCUACAUCAGGCUCCUCAGAUAAUGACGGGCGCAGUUGCAAGUCCACCAUUGAAGCAAUCGCACCUUCAAGGUCAACAACCAAUUGUCACUGGAGCCAGCAGUACACGUGUGGCGUUGCCUACUAUGAGUCCACAGGGACAGUCAGCUCAUCCGCAACUGCAGCAAGCAACUAUACAACGGCACAUAACUAUUCCAGGCACGAUCUACGAUCCUGCAAACUUGCGUGGUGAUUUGAGUGGCUUCAUCAACCGAGGACAGAGUCCUCCGCCUGCUCACCAACAAACAUCUCCAAUAACACCGGUUCACGGACCGGAUGGCGGAUUCCGUGGUGGUAUGCCGAGGGACUACGUGAAGUACGUGUACCGUAGCAACAUUCCUAUUCCAAGCAGGUCACCCAUGCGGGAAAUGCCCGAGAUGGAAGAAACGGUUGCUGCUAGUCCACCGUUGGAACUUCGCCGACCUGCUAGCGGACCUCGCCCAACCGCCGUUCCGCUUAGUCUGCAAAGUCCUGGCGAUCGUGUGACGGAUUCACCACAAGGCGCUCAGAUAUACAUGGGAAGUGCACGGAUACCGCACCCCUACCCAGAGACACUGAACGCGCGCUACUACGAACCAACCAUUGGUGGCCCGAACGGAGGAAGUGCAGGACCGAGAGCACUGAGCACGGAACCACCGCCAGCUCACCGUCCUCACAAUCUAUCCACGUCGGCUUACAGUGGGGCACCGUUCUCAGUCACGCCAAGUCCAACACCGCCACCUUCAGCCUCUCCCGCAACCAUGCUGCACAUUCAGCGGGAAAGAGAUCAGCAGCAGCAGCAGCAGCAGCAGCAAGUGGCAGCCGCCGCUGCGGCUCUAGUGCAAUCCGCUUCCGGCCAACGUUUGGUUGGAGAACGCGUAACGUCUGUUCCACCGGGUAGCGGAUAUUACUACCGCAGCGAGGUCGAACAUGAGUUGUCCGAUCAGCUACAUCCUGUUGCGCUUGGCCAUGGAUCGUCAUCGGUUGCUGCAUCCGCUCCACUCCCAGCGCACACCGGAGGAAUGAUACCGUCCAUGGGUACACCACAAACCGUUGCCAUAGGAAGUCGUAACAUACAAGUGGCAACGCCUCCGGUCACCCCUAUGGGUGGCGGAAGUGUCAGCGGCAGUAGUGCACCAGUGGUAUCGGUUGUUCCAACGCCUCCGCCUGUGCAAAAGGAUUCGCUUGAUGCGCUGCUCCAGCGAUACCCGGUGAUGUGGCAAGGACUGCUGGCACUCAAAAAUGAUCACGCAGCAGUACAGAUGCACUUCGUGUAUGGCAAUCCGAACGUAGCAGGUAGCUCGUUGCCAAGCAACAGCGAUGGGUCGACGCCUCCGUUGCGCAUUGCUCAGAGAAUGCGGCUGGAACCGGCGCAGAUAGAUGGAGUAGCUAGGAAGAUGCAGAUGGUCAACGAACACUGUAUGCUGUUAGCAUUGCCGUGUGGCCGUGAUCGGAUGGACGUAUUGCAGCAGCAGAACAAUCUGCAAACUGGCUUCAUCACUUACCUGCAGCAGAAACAGGCAGCUGGUAUCGUCAACAUAGCGGCACCAGGAAGUGCGCAGGCGGCAUACGUGGUGCAUAUAUUCCCAUCUUGCGAGUUUGCCAACGAAAAUCUGGCUCGUAUCGCACCGGACCUAAUGCACCGUGUGGCAAACAUCCAGUACCUGCUAAUCGUGAUUGCAACUGUGUAAAAACAAGCUGAGCAUGAUGAUGUUACAUAGAAAAAAAAACUACAAAACUACAAAAAACACAAACACACAAGCAAAUAGUAUAAUCAUAAAACACUGAAAAUGAUAGGGAAUGUAAGACGAAAAGUUGAAUUGUUGUCACAUAGCAAGAUAACCAAAUGUAAAAAAGAAACAAAACAAAAAAAAAACACAAUAGGUUUGUGAGAACAACAUGAAAUGAAAUAUUUACAAAACAUCACAUGUACCCCCAUCUCCCGUUGGUACAAAGAAUACAUUUAAACUGGUUUUAAUGAAGGAUUUGUAGGUCGUGUUGAAAGGAAAAAUUGACGUAGAUUAAACAAACUGCAAAAAAAAAAGAAAACAGUCCAAAGGAUAAACCCCUCGGUGCGAAAUGUGUGAUGAUUUAUCCAUAGUAUCUCUUAAGUAUUACUUCCGAUAUAACCACCUCCCACCAUACGGCCUAGUGCGCCAAAUUUGUGAAAACUAUCGUUGUAAAUGCAACCACCCACAAGACACCACUAUGGAAAAGUAAACAAAAAUACAAUGUUCAGCAAAGCGAAUCUUUUCUACGCAAAGUAACAAAUCAACGCAACCACCCUCUCUCCGCACAACGCGCAUUGUUCACGUUCAUCUUUGGGUGCAUUGCCUCUGUUCAAAAGAGUAAUGCAUGGGGGAGGGGCUAUGCAUUUUGUAAAAUUAUAUCAUCCAAGCAUAGCAAAAGCAGCAGCAGCACGAUGGAGAUAAUCCGAACAUGGUCCCAUUUUGCUGCAUAAUCAUUCGAGCAAAACAACACAUAAUACAACAACACUUACAACGAGUAGUAAACUGUUUCUAUUGGAGCGCAGUCGCAUAGAAUGCGAUUGUAGAACGAUUGGCUGUUUCAUGCAAAUUUUGGUUUUAAAGGGUGCGAAAGAUAGGAAGAGUGUCAGCAUACAUGUUUCAAAUCCAUUGUCAGCGAUAGUUAUCUGUUUGCUUUAUGGUUAGUGCUGCCAGCCGCAUUGAAAAUACUGAAGAAGCACUGAGAAAUGGCAGUAAUGGACAUUGCAUAAUAUGGUGAAAUUGGUGAUUGUUGUUUCCACCAUUCUGCAACAUGUGCAAGACAUGCGUCUAUCAUUUUUUAAACUACACACACACCCACUAGUAAUGGGAAGCGAGUGAUUACUAGUUUUGAUUCACUAUAACAUGAAUAAUGUACUUGACGAACAGGGAAAAAAGUCGACGAAACACAGAAGAGGACAACCCCAAUUUUCUAAUGCGAAAAGCAUUCGAAGAAAAACAUGAAAAUGAUGAUGACGACGAUGACGAUGAUGAUGAAGAAGAAGAAGAGAAAAGAAGAUGUUAAUUAAUUUAAGACAAAAGAAAAUACGCUCACACCCAACAUACACACAUACACACCUAGUUGAGGUUGAAAUCCGAAGACGUAAGCGUAGCGUAGUAUUUAAGGCAAAACAAAUAAACUUUAAUGCGCAUUGUAUAAAGUAUAGUAGGGCAAAAGGUAACACGUAAAAAAGAAAACAAAUGCAUUGGUAAAUAAUCUAGUGUCUACGGUUCGGAUAUAAUGAUGUUGUGUAUCGUUAGAAUGGUGGGAGAGAUACAGAUGGAAAAGAGAGAAGGAUGUAUGUUGAAUAGUAUAGGACAGAGCGGGAAGGGUAAAAAGGGUGUAAGCCGAAGAGCUAGGUACGUGUGUAGUUAGUGUGUUCAUCUCUGUUCUACUGCAUCUUUCACACGAUCGUGAGUGUUCACACAAAAUGUGUGUAUGGGUUUAAGAUAGCUGUGUUGUAUAAACUUGAACACAAUAGAAACGCGCGGUACGAUCAGAUGCAGUUAACAAAAACAAACAAACGAAAAACAAAACAAACACACAAAAAAACAAAGUCACACAGAACAGAAACACACAAACAAGAAAAAGAAACACGUACAGAGCAACAUAAUAACAUAAUAUAUACAUUGCAAAUGAUUCGUGGUUAGGUAUAGGUGAUGCAUGACUAGCGCAUACGUGUUAGUAUGGGGUUAUCGUUGCAAAAGAUAUGAGAUGCUCUAAUGUGAGGUGUUGUGAGUUGCUGUGCACGAAAAAGAAUGUAAAAACAAACAAACAAACAAGCAAACAUACAUACACUAACUAACUAAUGCACGUAACGGGCAUCGACAGGGGAAGACCGAUUUGAUCGUAGCGUUAAUAAUAUUCAGAUAAUAUGUAAUAUUUAGAAGACUAAAGCUUGUAGAAAGAGAGUUACACGAUUCAGUGGAGAGCAACUGAACCGUUCGGUGUGGCCUGUUGGUCAUUGCUGCUCACACCACGCCGCAACAAGGUGUCUCGCUGUUGUGUAGUGUGAUUGUUUUACUCUUUCACGCAAGAUCACUAUGUAUCCUUUUGUACUCUCGUUAUAAUUAUUUUUCCCCAAUUUUUUGUUUUGCGAUACGUGUAAGUACAUUCGUAUGAUAAUGAAAAAGAACCCCACUCGUUGUACAUAUAAACUCUAUUCGAAAACGAGAUAAAUAAAAUUCGAACCCACAAAAAUAAAA